AUGAGAAAAAAAACUAAGCAACAUGAGAAAAAUAAACUAAGCAACAUGAAAAAAAAAUUAAGCAACAUGAGAAGAUUUAUCAUAAAUCAAAAUAAGUUAACUACGGCUGAGAUUAAAGAUAUAAAUAAUGAAGUGAUCUCAAUGGCCAAGACCCAUGAUCAACAACAGCAGCAGCAACAAGAUCAGUUAGUUGAUGCCUCAGAUAAUCAGAAAAUAGCCGCAGCUCAAUUAAAUACAAAAGAUCAAUUUAGAGAUGAUGUUAAAAUUAUGAUAAAUAAAAUUCAACAAAAGAUAUCGAAGAUCAGAUACUCAGAUAUGAACAAAAAAAAAAUGUCAACAAAAUUUUACAUCCAUACAAAAACUCCAAAGACCUGGAGGAAGGAACUUGCUUUGAUAAAAGAAUUUAUGAAAGGAAACUCUAGUCCUAAGAUAACAGAUGAGGUGGCUAAAAUAUGUGAAAAUUAUGAAGUUAAAUUAGACAAAUUAAAUGAAGUCCAGAAAACAAUAAUAAUGAAAUUACAGGCUAAAGCGCAAAGACUUAGAAGAUAUAUUAGACAAAUUGAUGGCUUCUGGAGACAAAUUCUAGAAAAUAGGGUAUAUCACAGAAAUGAAGCAGACUGGAUUACAGAUGUAAAAAGAUCACUUAAUCAUUUGAAGGAAAGUAAAUGGAAAGAUCUCACACUUGACUUGAUGAAGUCACUAAAGCUAUUAAAAAAUCUUCAAAUUGGAAAAGCUCAAGAUCAGAUAGAAUACAAAACUUCUGGAUUAAAAAACUAA